GUUGGUAUUUGUUACAGGAAGUGUGGAACUACAGUCGUUUCGUUAGCUGCGAGGUUGUUUGGCUAAGUUGUUUGUCUGGAAUUUUUGGUGUAGAUUUAAUAUUUAUUUAAGUCAUGUCGGAAAGAAAGGUUUUGAACAAAUAUUACCCGCCUGAUUUUGAUCCGUCUAAAAUCCCCAAACUCAAAUUGCCAAAAGAUCGUCAGUAUGUUGUGCGGUUGAUGGCACCGUUCAAUAUGAGGUGUAAGACGUGCGGGGAGUACAUCUACAAGGGGAAGAAGUUCAACGCCCGAAAGGAGACGGUGCAGAAUGAGCUAUACAUGGGUCUGCCCAUCUUCCGUUUCUACAUCAAGUGUACGCGCUGCUUGGCUGAGAUCACGUUCAAGACCGAUCCUGAGAACACCGACUACGCCAUGGAGCACGGCGCCACCCGCAACUUCCAGGCGGAGAAACUGAUGGAGGAAGAGGAGAAGAAGGUGCAGAGAGAGAGGGAGGAGGAAGAGCUGAACAACCCCAUGAAGGUGCUGGAGAACCGGACCCGCGACUCCAAGCUGGAGAUGGAGGUUCUGGAGAACCUGCAGGAGCUGAAGGAGCUGAACCAGCGCCAGGCCCAGGUGGACUUCGAGGGCAUGCUGAGCCGACACAAGGAGCUGGAGGAGCAGGAGAGGAAGAGGCAGGAGGACGAGGACGACCGGGAGACCAGGGACAUGCUGGAGAGGGCCCUGAUGAAGAGGUUGAGGGAUUCGGACUCAGACUCCGAUCAGGAGCGGGGGAACGGGAAGGAGGCCGCUCAGAAGCGCAGUGCGGAGAAGCCCACGGACAUCCUGACCACGGACAGACCCGCGGACGCCAAGGCCAGCGGCCCCCCAGCUCCCGGGGGGGUGAAGCGGUCUCGGGGGGAGACCUGGGAGAGGAGUGUGGGGGGUCUGGGCGGGGGGGCCCUGGGAUCCCUGGUGGUGAGGAAGAAACCAGGAAGUACAGCCCCGAAACCUGAACCGACAGCUCCGCCCACCGCCCGGCCUGCCCAAUCAGAGGUCAGCGUUCCCAAGGCGAUGUCAUCCAGUGUCACAGCGCAGACCUCCACCAGCCAGCCAAUCACAGCGCAGACCUCCACCAGCCAGCCAAUCGCAGCGCAGAAUGGCUCCUCUCUCAGCCUGCUAGGGGCGUAUUCGGACAGCGAUGAUAGCGAAUGAGAGGAGGAGGAGGCAAAGCUCUCCUGCUUUAGAGUGCGGCCAUGUUGUCUUCGUAUCUCAACAUGGCCUCCUUCUCUCUGACCUGGGCCCAGUCACUCUCUCUAUCUCUUUCUCUCUCUCCCCCCUCUGUCUCUCUCUCUCCCUCUCUUUCUCUCCCUCUCUCCCUCUCUCUCUUUCUCUCUUAAUUAAAACUUCUUCUCAAAGGAACUAUAAAAUUAAAAAAAAUCUGUGUUUGCGUGCUUUGAAAUAUGAUGUCCUUUUUAAAUAGUGGGGGGAAAAAAAAUAAAUGGUUUGAUUUAU